UAUAGAGUGUGACUGUGGGUGGUUAGCUUUUGGGUGACAGAGGAAGCUGCUCCCUGGGAGAUAAGGAGACAUUUCAAUGUACAUGCCUAGCAUAUUCUGUAUUUGAUGCGGACUGUGGCAAGGCAUUUACACAGAGCGAUAAACAUUUUUUUUGCCUUCCAGAGAGAGUGAGACACACAUGCUGUUUUGCAGGGAUACAUGAGACCCCGGAUAUAACCAUGUUUUUGUGGCUUAAACUCUUGGCGUUUGGCUUGGCCCUUGUGGACGUGGAUGUUUUCGGGGAAGACCAACCCAAAAUUGGACCACCUUCCUCUGAUUCUCCAAAUGGAAAAACAACUCUCUUUUCAGCUCCUGGCCCUUCAUUCAUACCUCCACUCUCCACUCCGCCCUCACCUGCAAGCACCCUGGAAACACAUCCCAGCUCUUCAAUGAAAGAAGCAGUGGUUCCUCCUUAUCAGACCUCUAAUUCUACUGAAAAGUCUGUUAGCAAAACCAGUGCUACUUCUACUGCUUCCAUCACCGUCACAGAGACUUUUCCACCGAGCAACUCCUCCCUCACCACUCAUGUGGACUCAAACUCUUCCAUCAUGCAGACAUUCAGCAGCACUGCUGCCUUUCCUAUGCUCUUGCCCUCCACCAUCACGCAUGCACCAGCAGAUUAUCCGAUUAAUUCUUCCAUGCAUGCCAGCACUUCAGCACCUACUGACAUUCCGGCAAAAAUCUCUCAAGUUCCUGCAGACACCACCUCUAGUCCAAUAGCAGACAUUCCUCGCAGAAACUGCAGCAUUAUUAAUAUCUCAAUAGAUCAUUUUAAGUAUGCUGAUGGCAAUGUUAGUGCAAAACUUCAUGUGAUGGGAGCUAAAGAUCUGCAAAACGUUUACUGCAAAUCAUCACAGCAUCUUGAUUGUGUUUGGGAAAGUGGCUCAAACAAUCUAGAUAACCUUCAAGAAUGUGAAAUGUACAAAGUAGAAGCACAGUUUAAUGGCUGCAAAAAACAAGUAAACAUCACAGUCCCUCCUGUUGGAAGCAGUUUGACUGAAUAUAACAAAAGUGACACCAGUGUGACUUUAUCCUGGGAACUGAGAAAUCCGCCGUGUUCUUCUUUCAAGUAUUCCUAUUGCUGUUAUCCGCGCAAGAUGACUAACAAUUGUAGCAGCAGAGUGCAGGAGAACAGGCAAACGGUGGAAAAUUUGUCUCCCAAUAAAAAAUAUAAUUGUACAUCAAAAAUAUUUUUUAAAAAUGAAGAAGUGCAUAACAAAACCAUCAAGAUAAAAACAGAUUUCGGAGAACCAGGCAAACCUGAAAAUGUUUCACGAACUGAAAGUGCAACCGACAUAUUAGUGUCUUGGAAGAAGCCAAAAAAGAAUGAUAAUGGCCCUAUUGAUGGAUACAAUGUUACAGUCUGUGUUAAGAAUAAUGGGAACUGUAUAGUCAAAUCUGUUUCCAGUGGAAAUAAUUCCUUAGUGGUGCCUUAUCUGGAGCCUUACACAAUGUAUACAGUCAACGUAUCAGCGUACACAGUCACACAGAGUAAGAAAAAUCUUACGGGGGAAAUAGACAGUAAAGAUGUUCGCACUAAGGCAGCACAUCCAAAACCGGUGAAAGACCUCAAAGGAAUCUUAUCAGAGAAAGCGAACAAUGAUGUAAAAAUUACCUGCAGAGAACCAGAUCGGUUAAAUGGUCCUAGCAAAAGGUUUAUCUUGGAGUGGGAUGGUGGCAAAAUGAAUGAAACCACAUGUAUCUUCAAUGUGACAAAUCUUCAUUACUUAACAACAUACAAUUUCAAAGUUAUUUUUUUCAAUGGAGAAUAUUAUUCUGACCCUGAAGGUACAACAGUAAGCACCAGAUAUAAUGCUAAAGCUCUGAUUGGAUUUUUGAUAUUCCUCAUUAUUGUGACCUCUUUGGCCUUACUCCUUGUUCUGUACAAAAUCUACACCAUUAACAGAGAGAAAUCAAGAACUGAGGAUGAAGUGGUGCAUCUUGUUCAAAGAGAUGACGAAAAACAACUGAUGAGUAUAGAACCAAUUCCUGCAGAACUCUUGUAUGAAGCAUAUAAGAGGAAGAUAGCAGAUGAAGGAAGACUUUUCCUGGAUGAAUUUCAGAGCAUUCCCAGAGUUUUCAGUAAAUUCUCUAUAAAAGAUGCCCGCAAAUCUUACAACCAGAACAAAAACCGUUACGUCGAUAUCCUCCCUUAUGACUACAACCGUGUGGUGCUUUCUGGGAUGGCCAACGAUCCAGGAUCUGACUACAUCAAUGCAAGCCACAUUGACGGUUUCAAAGAACCAAGAAAAUACAUUGCUGCGCAAGGUCCCAAAGAUGAGACAACUGAUGAUUUUUGGAGGAUGAUUUGGGAGCAGAAAGCAACAAUUGUUGUCAUGGUGACCCGCUGCGAGGAAGGAAAUCGGAUCAAAUGUGCCAAGUAUUGGCCAACCAUGGAGGAGGGGAGUGCGUCUUAUGGGGACAUUGUUGUGAAGAUAAAUGAAUGCAAAAUGUGUCCUGACUACAUCAUUCAGAAGUUGCAUAUCACAAACAGGAGGGAAAAGACAACGGGAAGAGACGUGACCCACAUUCAGUUUACAAGUUGGCCAGACCACGGAGUACCUGAGGAUCCCCAUCUCCUUCUCAAGCUACGCCGCCGCGUUAAUGCAUUGAGUAACUUUUUCAGUGGUCCAGUUGUGGUCCAUUGCAGUGCUGGUGUUGGGCGCACUGGAACUUAUAUCGGAAUUGAUGCAAUGCUGGAGGGAUUGGAAUCUGAAGGAAGAGUGGAUGUCUAUGGCUACAUUGUAAAGCUACGGCGUCAGCGAUGCCUUAUGGUUCAAGUAGAAACGCAGUACAUCUUGAUUCAUCAAGCGCUGGUCGAAUACAUUCAGUAUGGUGAAACAGAACUCAACACCUCAGAACUGCACAAUUGUCUUAAUCACCUGAAGAAGAAAGAUCCUCCCAGUGAUCCUUCUCUCCUGGAAGCGGAAUUCCAGAGGCUACCUUCCUACCAGACCUGGCAGACACAGAGAGCUGGCAAGAGAGAGGAAAACAGAAGUAAAAACCGGAGUUCAGCGGUUAUUCCAUAUGACUAUAACAGGGUAUUAUUCAAGCAUGAAGAGGAAGGGAGCAGAGAAAGUGAAUGUGAUGCAGAUGAAUCCUCUGAUGAGGAUAGUGACUGUGAUGAGGAACCCAACAAAUACAUCAAUGCAUCUUUCAUCCACGGUUACUGGUUUCCGAAUGCUAUGAUAGCAACACAAGGACCGCUCCCAGACACCAUUGAUGACUUCUGGACCAUGAUUUAUCAAAGAAAAGUGAAAGUGAUUGUAAUGUUGACGGAGCUGAAAGAUGACACCCAAGAACUCUGCACACAGUACUGGGGAGAUGGAAAAAUGUCAUACGAUAGCAUCACAGUUGAACUGAAAGAUGUCAACAGUUGUUCCAGUUAUACUGUUCGGACGUUUGACGUAACUUAUGGAAAGAGGAAAGAAGCUCGAAAAGUGUUUCAGUAUCAGUACCAUAAAUGGAAAGGUUAUGCUCUCCCAGAAAACCCCAGUGACUUGGUCACCAUGAUUCGAGAUCUCAAGCAGAAACUUCAGCCAACAGCUGAAACAUACAUGCACAGCAAGAAUGCUCAAGUUGUUAUUCACUGCCGUGAUGGGUCCAAGCAAACAGGAUUAUUCUGUGCCUUGCUAAACCUGUUGGAAAGUGCUGAGACAGAAGGAGUAAUAGACGUUUUCCAAGUUGUGAAAUCUCUUCGCAGAGCCAGGACGGGAAUAGUUUCCUCAUUUGAAGAGUAUCAGUUUCUUUAUGAUGCUAUUGCCAGUGUAUACCCUGCCCAGAACGGGCAAGUGCAAAAGGCCCAAAGCCAAGAGCACAAAGUGGAUAUUCCAAACGAUGUAAAGAAAGAAGAAGAGGCUAACUCGCUGGACGCUGCCCCCUGCCCUUCAGCUGAAGGAACCAGUGUAGAAAUGAGUGAACAACAUUUCAAGGCCCAGGAAGACCCCAGGGAAGCAGAAAGCUCUUCUAAUGGACCCUCCAAUCCGGUUUUAAUGGUCUAGAGCCAUCUACUUGUAUGUACAAAUUCUCUGUCCAUGCCAUAGAGUAGUUUCAGCAGUACAUUUAAACCAGGAAGAGAAGUGGGCAUUUCCUGAACCAUCCCGUCCGCUGGAAUGUUUUCAAGAAAAGGUGUUGGAAAAGCCUGAAAGUGGGGCUGUUCUCCUCCCAGAGGUACGACAAUGUAGUAGGUAGAACUUGUGGGUUGCUAUAGUGCACUGUGGAUUUUAUUUGCAAGCUUAUCUAUACAUGUGCCAUUUUAAAUUGUUCAGUAUUCAUUUUAUUCUGUAAUAAUUGCUAGAUUGCAUAGCACUGAGCUCUGUUUAAAAACAGGCUUUUCUAUAGAAAAAUGUCCCAGUUUUGUAUUUCUUUAAAAGGAAGGAAAAGAGUUAGUGUGAAGAUUAGAUGCAUAAUUAUCAGCUAUAUGCAGUCAUAGAUGUACAUUCAAGCAGAUAUCUGAAGACGGAGGAGAGGGGUAUAUUUCUCAGAUAAUAGCCCGCCAGAUUACACUUUGGGCAUGAGUGUCUUCUUAUUAGAAGGAGUGGAAGAGGAUCAACAGUUUCACUGGCCGUGCAAGCUCUUAGUCUCUGGAUCACAAAUGUAGUGAUCAUAAGUUAAUUUUAAGCACCCCCUUCAGUAGGGAACUGGCUCUAGAAAACCGGUGGUAGUUCUCGUGUAAACAGAGAGCUCAACAGAUUGCCCUUGCACGUGCUGAGCGUUCCUUGAUAACGGACAUCCUGAGAUCUCACUCGUGAAGGGAUUGAAACCUCCGUGGAGCACCAGGUAAUAUAACGAUCCAACAGUCAUGAAUUAACCGAAGAGAGUUAUGAUCCAUCCAGUGCAUGAAGUGGAUGAGUUGCCAUCCAAAGCCCUGAAAUUGAGCAAAGGGCAUUCGCAAAGGGCAAAAUCCAAGUUUAAGGCUUGCCAUAUCAAAAUGUGGCCUCUGGAGGUCACUGUGUUCAUAGAAAUCAACUACUGUACUGAGCAUCAAGACAUCUGAUUAUCUGAGAAACAUGGAAUGUUUUGCAAAAUGUGGGAGGAACAUUCUUCAGCUGACAUUUUUGCUUCAUGUUAGCACAGCUGGGUUCCCCUCCACCAGUAUUCUUAUUUUCCCUGGCUUGAAUGGAACUUUCCUUAGAAACUGUUUUCCUCUCCUCUCCUUCAGGUUUUUGUAUAUAUCUUUCUUUCUUUCUUUCUUUCUUUCUUUCUUUCUUUCUUUCUUUCUUUCUUUCUUUCUUUCUUUCGAUGUGCAGGUUUCAAAAUGUUUUAUGAAAAAAACAUGUUUUUCUGUAUUAAAUUUCUGACCAUUUCCAUUUUGAAAUAAAAAUGUUGGAUGAAAAAAAAUGUUGGGAAAAAAAAACAAUUAUCCUAAGACCCACAUUAGGUGAGUUGAAUGCAUAUAAAUUACAGAUCAUAAACUGGUGAAUUUUAUAAUGCAAAAUUAUCUUCUUUCAAGCCUGAACUAGACAUUAUAGGGGGGUGAAGUUUGGGUAAACAGCUUAUCCUGGUACGAUGGGACUUAAAAAAGGAAACAAUAUUUCAUUACUAUUCUGGAGAAGAUGAAAGAAACAAUGUUAUGGAACUGUCAGGUGGUCCUGGAGUACUGCAAACUGCUGCACAGUCCAACACAAUCACAAGAUACGUGCUUUCGGAGAAAGCACUUCAGUUCAAACAAUGAAGACUAAAGACUGACCAACACUGAUUCCCCUGAAACUAGAGUCCUAUUCAGGCUUUACCUACUAGGCUUUACUCAUCACUGGAAGAAAGGAGUAGUCCAGUCCCACCCAUUCGCUUAUCACUUCUGUUGCCUGCUUACACAUGGAAGGUGGUGGGUCUGGCAAGAGAAGGUUUUGCUCUCUUUGAGAGCUCUCUAUAUAUCCUGGGACUUUGGAAAGUCAUGUAGAGAGAGCUGCAUGGAUAGAAGAGGCUGUCCCUCUUCAUACUCUCCAUAUGUAGCAUGGAACAGAAGUGACAGUGGAGGGGACACAGCUAGAACACUUCUCUUUUCCCAGUGGUGAGUUUGCUGUAAAAGAUGACACCUGUUUAAGGUUUAGUAGUCACUUCAGAAUCAAGAUCAGAAUGGGCAGAGCCCUCCUCUUAGGCAGAGGGAAGGAAUUGCCUCACACUGUAGAUGCUGAGACCUGGCUGCAAAAUGUUGGAGGGGAGAGUUACGUGACCUUCGGCCAGCCUUGUUGCCUUCAGGUGCAGAGGAAGGCACUAUCCUCGGCCAGCUGGCUUUUGUAGAUAGAUCAGCAGAUAGUGCGAUCUUUUUUUAUUGCCUCAGGCAGCACAGUGUCUUUGGGUGGUCUUGUCAGAUAGCAGGCAGCUCAAAUGACUUUUUGCCUGAAAUUCUGCAGAUGGUUCACCUAUUCGUAAUGGAGAAUAAGGGAUACAAAGACCCCUAUCAUUCAGAAAAGCUCAUCUGGCCAAAUCUGCAUGGAACCAGUGGGUACAGAAAAGGGCACCACCGCCUUGGAAUUGGCACUGCUACUGGCUGCAACCUGUGUUUGGUUGGAUGUCUUUGGUAUCCCCCCCCCCUUACUAUUGGACGAGCAAUCAGCCCUGUUUAUCCAUUGCUCAAGCAUCCUGGGAUGAGUAAGACCAAGAAGAAAACUGGGAUCAUUCAAGCAAGAAAUGUACUCAGAACAAAACUAACUCCCUCCACCAUGACCCAAAAUUAUUGGGGAUGAGACUCCCCCUUGCCACUGUCCUCAAGCCUCCCCCUUGUUUCUUUAUCCCAACGGUUGGUUACUAGACUUCCCAAUAACAAAAAAAUAGGAAAAUGCAUAAGAACCAUCAGAGAGCAAUCUGAACGCAUCUGUUUCUUGGGGAGGAUAUCUGUCCUACAAGGUUCCAUGAAGCCUAAUCCUUAUCAAGUAGUGUUGAUAAGCUGAUCAUGAAGUUGAUUAUCAAGAUCUGUUGAUGAUAACACAACUGCAGGCAGUUUCGCCCAUGAUCCCCUCUGAAAGAAGACAUGGGAUCUAGCAAAGAAGUAUGGACACUUGUAAUGCCCAUGUACCAAGUAGGGACAGAGAGAAAGCUCUACACAUGUUGCAACAACAAACACCUGUUUAGUGCUCCCUACAUACAUUGUGUUUCUUCACAUAACUACUAUUGUCAACAGAGUUCACAAAAUCUGAUGCCUUGACCCGAGGGCUUGAAAGGGGAAUUCCAUAAUUUCAUAGAGAAUGUAUAUGUUACCUUCAAAUUCAUGGCGAAUACUAGUAUUGGCUAGUCACAAUGGAUGCCAAUUACUUCCAGAAACAGAACCUACUGCUUCUGAUGCUAGUUGCUGAGAAACAUGAAUGAGAGAGUGCCUACUGCUUGGGAGCUUCCCAUAAGGAUCUGGUAGAUGUGAAACUAGAUCCUUCAUGUUGCAGGGCGCAGUGGUUAAUUCCUAUUCUUGGGUAAUAUGAUUGCAUGAUACAUAAAGAAGUAAAUGUGAUCUGUCGUGCCACAUACGUUAUGUCUCAGUUUUAUGUACACGCAUCUCUCAGAAAUACUUAGGAAUGAUUGGUAAGUUCAUUUUGUUCAAGUUUUGAUAAACAUGUUCAUACCUCUUUGUAUAUUUGACAGAAAACUUCAGAUUAUGAGGGACAAAACAAAGCAGACAAUGCAUCACAACUUGUUUUUAUCUCAUUCAAAGUUCCUUAUUACUUCCUGUAAUUCAUGUGGUUUUGCAUAGGCAGAAAGUUGAAGAUGGAUUUGGAUCUGGGUUGGUAACUCUUAUCCAAGUGUCUCCCCCUUCUUAGACCAUUUAUUCACCAGUAUAUUCACAGUGGAAUCUUAAGUCACCCAGUUUGACGUCUGGCUGACAGCAGCUUCUUGGCUGAUGUGUGGCGGACAUCCUUUCUCUCCUGAGAAAACUUUGCUAGCAUUCACAUUUGUAAAUACAAACUUCAUGGCUUCAGAGAUUUGCAGGAUUCAGGAACAAUCAGACUGUUCCACAAUUAUGUCCUCUCAGUAAAGGAAGAAAGUUGCAACAAGGGAAAUAUAUAUAUUUUUUUAAGGAGCAUCUCUUUCUGGAUUCUAAAUAAUUACCUACCUUUGUCCACCAGGCUGCGCUAAAGCAUUUUCAGUAAUAUUUCAAUAUACAUGUGAGUAAUAUUUCAGAAUACAACAGGAGAAUAACGUGGAUUGUAACCCAUAGUCAUUGGUGCAGCUGACAGUGAAAUUAAUACAGUGUCCACCGCACUCUUAAAAAUCUGCACAAUCUGUGUUUAAAAACCUUUUGGAUCUGCUUCGAGUCCAGUGCUUAGAUGAGUAAUCUGUCGGGAAUCUAAAGCUAACUUGAACCAGCUGCAAUUUACUGGAUUAUAUUUAAUAAAUUUAUACUUUUAAAUCA